AUGCAUCCUUGUGUUUUUAUAGUUUUCUCACUUUUCUUGCUAUGCCUACAGAAUACAACUGCAAACCAAUUGGUAACACUGAGAGGAGGAGGAGAUGCUAAUGGUGUUAUCAGAAACAAGUGUUUGGAUAAGGAGAGAGAUGCUCUCCUUCAAUUCAAAGCAAACCUUCAUGACCCUGAUGGUAGUCUCUCUACGUGGAGACCUGAAGAAGAUGACUGCUGUGCAUGGGAAGGAGUCUGGUGCGACAGCCAAACAGGUCAUCAUGUCACAGAUCUUUAUUUGUCCGAUGCUGGUCUUGUAGGUAACUCUUUUUAUGGAACCAUUCCUCCAGAGUUUGGAAACCUCACAAAAUUGCAGCGGCUUUCCCUUCAAGAUGUUGGAAGAUGUAGAGUUGAAAACCCACAGUGGUUGUCAUCUUUAUCUCACUUGAAGGAACUUGAAGUGGAUGGGAUUUCCCUUGCCAAAGCAAACCAGUGGCUAAAUGUGAUUUUGAAUCUACCAAAACUAUCAGAUUUAAGUUUAGAUGGAUGUGAGCUGUCACAGGUCAUGUAUCCAUAUUCUUCUUCAUUUCUCAACUCUUCUUCCUCAUCUAUUGAAUUCCUUUCUCUCAGAAACAACAAUCUCACCUCAUCCAUGUAUCAUUGGAUGUUCCCAUUAACAAGCAAUAAGCUUCGCUUUCUUGAUCUGUCUAGCAACAUGUUGGAUGGGAUACCCAAAUAUCUUGGCAAUCUCUGUAGUUUGGAAAGUUUGAGCUUCGAUAACAACUCUGCUGUUGUCAAAGUUCCUGAUUUUCUUAACAACUUGUCGUCUGGGUGCUCAUUCCUAACAUUUCAAGACUUGUCUAUUCGAAGAAGCCAAUUUACAGGGUCAUUGUCUGAUGAGAUCCAAAAGUUUUCAUCCCUAAAGUAUCUGGAUCUAUCAGAUAAUCAAAUAAAUGGAACCAUAAGCGAGAAAUUGUGGGAGCUACCCUUGCUUAAAAAGAUUGACCUUUCUCAAAAUCAUCUUAGUGGUACCAUCUCUAAAAACAUUGAAAAGUCGAAGGCUCUUUAUAUAAAUCUUUCAAAAAACCCACUCCAAGGAGUUCCUUUCACAGAUCAUAUGUCAAACCUUUCUUAUCUAAAGCAGAUUGAUCUGCGCUCUUGCAAGCUAGGGCCUCACUUCCCCAGAUGGAUUCAAAAACUGGAAAAUCUUACCCGUCUUGAUAUUUCCAAUACUAGUAUUUCAGACACAGUUCCUCCAGAAUUUUGGAAAACGCAAUUUGACUAUUUGAAUCUCUCUUCCAACAAUAUUAGUGGGAAAAUACCAGAUUUAUCAUCAAUUCUUGGAAACAUUCCAGCAAUAGAUUUGAGUUCCAACAACUUUGAUGGUCCAAUACCGCAUCUUCCUCCCCGUUUGGCAUCAUUAAAUCUUUCCAGAAACAAAUUCUCUGGAGGAAUCUUGUUUUUAUGCCAAAUUGUCGAUGGGUUGUUAGAAUUUCUUGACCUCUCCCAUAACUUUCUAAGUGGUCAGCUUCCAGACUGUUUGUGGCAUUUCAAAGAACUAAAAGUUCUUAACCUAGGUCACAACAGUCUGUUUGGAAGGCUUCCUCCCUCGAUUGGUUUUUUGAUAGAACUGGAGGUGUUGUAUUUGUACCAGAACAAUUUCUCUGGACAAUUGCCUUUGUCUCUAAAGAAUUGUACGAAGUUAAACUUCCUGGAUUUGGGGGCCAACAAAUUUUCCGGUAAUGUGCCUACUUGGAUUGGGGAAAACUUAUUGGGGUUGUAUGCUCUAAUCCUAAGAUCAAACAACUUCUUUGGAACCAUUCCUUUACAAGUAUGUCAAUUACCGAAUCUUCAAAUUUUAGAUGUUUCAAGGAACAAUCUCCAUGGAAGCAUCCCCUCAUGUUUGAGUAAUCUUACAAGAAUAGCUCAAGAAGGAUUCUUACUGCCACCAAACGUGCAUCCUUAUACAUGUCGAUUUGAAACCUUUGCACUAUUUAAUCUUCCAUAUCCCACUGAAGAGGAGUAUGUUGACCAUGCGAUGAUCGAGUGGCAAGGAGACGAGCGUGAAUUCACCCGUAAUCUGGGAUUGUUGAAGAGCAUUGAUCUCUCAAGCAACAAUUUAACAGGAAAGAUCCCACACGAACUUACCAAUCUUCAUGAACUGCUUGCCCUCAACUUGUCAAAGAACGCUCUACUUGGAGAGAUUCCACAGAAAAUUGGUCAGAUGAAAAAGCUUUUAACUUUGGAUAUAUCUAGAAACAGUUUAUCAGGAGGGAUACCACCAAGCAUGUCUCAGAUGACUUUUUUGGGUUACCUAAAUGUGUCAUCUAAUAACUUGUCAGGGAGAAUCCCAUCUAGCACUCAACUCCAGUCGUUUCAACCUUCAAGCUACGAUGGAAAUUCAGGACUGUGUGGACCUCCUCUUUCCAGAAAAUGUCUAGGAGAUGAAGAAUCACAAGUACUAUCGGUUGUUGGUAAAAGUGAGGGUGAUGAAGAUUUGAGAUGGUUCUAUAUUGGUGGGGCCACUGGUUUUGUUACUGGCUUUUGGAUAGCAUGCGGAACUCUACUUCUCAACCAUUUUGGGAGACGUGCAUUUUUUCACUUUUAUGAUAGCUUCAGAAAUUGGGUUUAUCAAAAGGUGGUGGUGUUCAUUACAAAAUUGCGGAGGAUUUCACGUAUGUGA